GAGAACAAAAAAAAAGGAAAAAUUGUGAGCGUGGGGCUGGCAAACUGGAAACCUGUAGGGACAGGACUCAGCAGAUGAGAGUGGCUGGAUCUGGAAUUCUGGGGAAGAUUGGAAAUUUGAAUUGAGAUCUUAGAUUUGUUGGUCGCAGUUGCAAGUGAAUAGUAGAGUAAUUGUCUUAUUGUUUUACAAUUAGAUCAGAUCUGGAGAAAUGCUGCGGCUGAGUGCAUUUCGCGCGACCAAUGAGAAGAUUGUGAAGAUAGCGGUGCAUCCGACUCAUCCAUGGUUGGUAACCGCCGAUGCCUCUGAUCACGUCUCCGUAUGGAACUGGGAGCAUCGCCAGGUCAUUUACGAGCUGAAGGCCGGUGGGGUCGACCAGAGACGUCUUGUUGGUGCCAAAUUGGAGAAGCUUGCUGAGGGCGAAUCUGUGCUCAAAGGGAAACCUACAGAGGCCAUCUGCGGAGGUGAGCUUUUUGGAUGAUGACGUGCGGUUUUGGCAACUUUGGCGUAACCGUUCUGCAGCUGCGGAGGCUCCUUCUGCUGUCAAUCAACUUACUUCUGCUUUUGCCUCUCCGGCUCCAACAAAAGGACGGCAUUUUCUUGUCAUCUGCUGUGAAAAUAAAGCCAUAUUUUUGGACUUGGUCACCAUGCGUGGCCCUGAUGUACCCAAACAAGAGCUUGACAACAAGUCGCUUCUCUUCGGGCAUGAGGUGACCUUGUUGAUUUGCCUUCUUCAAUUAAAGCGCCUCAUACCCCGUCAGGCAAGGUGCCUUUUAUUAAGUGCAUGCCUUUUGUGCGUAGAAAGGUGAGGGGCACAUAAAAGGCCUGCUGCACCCUUUGGGUCGUUAUGGUUUUUAAUCUCUUUUAUUAGCUAUGUUUAUAGUGGCUAGAAAAGGUCAGUAUCAAUCCUGGGGGAAUAUAGUCUACUCACAAUCUUUUGUUGAAAAUGUACGUGAUGCUGGAGUUAUUGCUGUUGAGCUUUCUAGAGUGAUUGGAGGUGCUCAGCUUAUUACAAUCGGUGCAGACAAGACAUUGGCUAUAUGGGACACAAUCUCUUUUCAGGAGUUACGGCAAAUUAAACCCGUUCCAAAACUUGCAUGUCAUAGUGUAGCAUCGUGGUGUCAUCCUCAAGUUCCUAACCUUGAUAUUUUGACUUGCGUCAAAGAUUCCUAUAUAUGGGUUAUUGAGCACCCAAAUUAUUCAGCACUUACAAGACCAUUGUGUGAUCUGUCUUCACUUGUUCCUCCUCAAGUAGUUGCACCAAACAAGAAACUUAAGUUAUGUGGCUGUUUUUGUAGUUGUGAUCCUAGAACCUCCAUUGGUGGGGAUUUUAUUUUUAUUUUAUUUUUUAUAAAACUUAAGUAGUAGUUUUAGUUUAAUGUUAUACGCUCUUAAUGUUAUGUUCAGUGUCAAUAUUGCAGAAAACUUAAAUCAGUAAUCUAAUGAACUGUAGAAGAAAGAGAUUUACAUAGAGAAGAAAAUGGUCAAGCUCUUUGAGUAAAUUCUAAUUGCUUGUACAAGAAGCUCAACUAAGGAUAUAGAAGAAGAUGUUGGGACCUCAUUGGCCUAACCUCUGGCAGCUACACUUUGGUUUUUGUAGAUGGGUUUAAAUUCCUGGUGAAUAUCUCUGAAAAUUUAGAAACUAAAGUGCUAGAAACAUAAAAAUAUCAUCCAUUUACUGCUUACUCUGAAAUUUAAAUAUUAUAUUUAUUCUUUGCCCAUGAAAUUGGCCUUUGUAUGAUUGUCAUUCUUUUUGACAUAGCUUGAUGUUUCUUUUCCUUUCUUCUACCUCCCCACCACCUGAUCUCUUCCCACAGUUGCUUGUUUUGACUUUUAUAAGUUUCUACUGCAGGUUUAUUGUAUGGUUGCACAUCCUUUACGGCCUCAUCUUGUUGCUAUUGGGACCAAUAUUGGUAUUAUUGUCAGUGAAUUUGAUGCUAGAUCUCUUCCUCCUGUAGUUCCUCCCCCAA